AACCUUACUUUUGAAUUUUCAUUUGCUCCUACUGCUCUAGUUUAACGCUGUCUGUUGUAAAAUUGCAUCAGAUAUAAAAAUGGACGGCCCAGAUCUAGUGAACCUAUUCGUUGGCAUAGGCUUGGGCGAAGUUAAAGCUAAAGAAACUGCGAAGAACUCGAAUGUAUCUGCUAAUCUCAAGAAUUGCAUUAAUGCGGCAUCAAGUGUUUCAUCUGUUGAAAUCUCAAAAGCUCAUGGUAUGCUAUUGUACCACAUUGCUACAAAAAUUAAACCGCAGGUUAGCAUGCAAAUCCCACUUCUUUCGCGUUAUGUGGUCGAAGGAAACAUUGACUCAGAACUCAGAUUGAAUGCUGCAAUGGACUACCUUAUCUCCAACCCGCUUGGUGAUGUUGACAUGAAGGCAUUUGAAGAAUCUUGUGGAGUAGGAAUUGUUGUGACACCAGAGCAAAUUGAGCAGGAAGUUGAAAAGGUGAUUAAAAAACAUCAGACUGAACUAGUUGAAAAGAGAUACCGAUUCAAUGUUGGGCCCUUAAUGAGUGAAGUGCGAAAUAACCUGAAAUGGGCUGAUGGUAAAGUGAUAAAAUCAGAAAUCGAAAUUCAGGUUUUGAGCCUUUUGGGGCCAAAAACUGAAGAAGAUUUAGCUCCUCCUCCUAGGGUGGAAAAAGUUGUAAAACCUAAAGUCGCUAAGCCAACGUCUAGCAAUAAAGAAAAUUUAGAAGUCGAUUCGGAUAGUGCUUCCACGAUAACCGAGUUGAUGAAGAAGGUCCAGUUUCAUAAACCGGGCGAAAACUUCAAAACUGAUGGCUAUGUCAUCACUGAGAAAACCAUGGACCUACUGAAAGAGCAUUUGAAAAUAACAGGAGGCCAAGUAAGAACCAGAUUCCCCCCGGAACCAAACGGUAUUCUACAUAUCGGGCACGCCAAAGCAAUCAACAUCAAUUUCGGCUAUGCUGCAGCUAAUGAUGGUGUGUGCUUCCUUCGUUAUGAUGAUACAAACCCUGAAAAGGAGGAGGAGAAGUUUUUCGUUGGUAUCAAAGACAUGGUGGAGUGGUUAGGUUACAAGCCAUACCAAAUUACUCACUCUUCCGACAAUUUUGAUCAGCUUUAUGAAUGGGCUAAAGUCCUUAUUAAAAAAGGACUUGCCUAUGUCUGCCAUCAAAAAGCGGAGGAAAUGAAGGGAUUUAAUCCCGUCCCCUCUCCGUGGAGAGAACGCCCUAUCGACGAAAGUCUUCAGUUAUUUGAAGACAUGAAAAAUGGCAUGUUUGAUGAAGGCGCCGCUACGCUGAGAAUGAAAGUGACGCUAGAAGAAGGCAAACUGGAUCCAGUUGCCUAUCGCAUCAAGUAUGUGGCCCACCAUCGCACUGGAGACCGAUGGUGCAUCUAUCCCACCUAUGAUUAUACGCAUUGCCUUUGUGAUUCUAUUGAACAGAUUACUCACUCUCUGUGCACAAAAGAAUUUCAGUCAAGACGCUCAUCCUAUUACUGGCUGUGCAAUGCUUUGGAUAUCUACUGCCCUGUUCAAUGGGAAUAUGGUCGAUUGAACGUGUACUACACUGUAGUAUCGAAGCGAAAAAUUGCGAAACUCAUAACCGAAAAGAUUGUUCAUGACUGGGAUGACCCACGGUUGUUCACCUUGACGGCUCUUCGGCGCCGUGGUUUCCCUCCAGAAGCUAUCAAUAAUUUCUGCGCGGGAAUGGGUGUAACAGGUGCCCAAAUGGGUGUUGAUCCCCAAAAACUUGAAGCCGUUGUGAAGGAUACGCUUGAUGUGACUGCACCAAGAUCUAUGGUAGUUCUUGCACCAUUGAAAGUCACCAUCACCAACUUCCCAUUUGAGGGACCUACAACGAUUGAGGUCCCCGAUUUUCCCAAGGAGGUUCAACGUGGAUCCCAUUCAGUGACUCUUGAUCGAGUGAUCUAUAUUGACCGAUCAGACUUCAGAGAGGUGGAAGAAAAAGGCUACCGCCGUCUUACCAAGGGGCAAGCUGUUGGCCUACGUUAUGCUGGGCUGGUUAUUAGUUUAGAGAACGUUAAAAAGAAUGCAAGUGGCCAAGUUGUGGAAUUGGAGGUCAAGUGCACCUCGUCCGCUAACUGCCAAGAAAAACCCAAAGCCUUUAUUCAUUGGGUGUCAAAUCCAAUGUUUGUUGAAGUUCGCGUUUACGAACGACUAUUUCAACAUCAAAACCCUGAAGAUAUCAACGAGGUGCCAGGAGGUUUCUUGUCUGACAUUAAUCCUCAUUCUUUGUCAGUGGUCAACGCCGCUGCUGACAAAUCAAUUAGUGGAGCUAAAGUUUACGACAAGUUCCAAUUUGAACGUGUUGGAUACUUCUCUGUUGAUUCAGAUUCCACGAAAGACAAGUUGGUCUUCAAUCGAACAGUGAUGUUGAAAGAGGAUGCUGGGAAAAGUUAACGCGUUUCCUUUUUGGUGAAAAAUCAUUAUGGUGAACUCAGCGGCCUUCAUAAUGAUUGUUUGUGUGACCCCACCUUUGUUUGUUUUUUUCAUUGAAAUUAUGAGAAACAGAUGAAGGGUCACUUUAUUACAAACAGAUAUCCAAAUUUCAAUAA